GCAGAGCGGAAGUGAUUUUCUAGGUGACGUUACCUUGACACUUGUGAGCGCGUCUUGGCCGCCAGUCCUGGCGAAACCCUCAGAGACCCGCCGUUCUGAAGUCCGGGUGUUUGCCCGUUGCCGUCUCCCGAGAAUGCAGUCGGAUAUGUUUCUGCACGCCGCCAAUGUCAGCACGCUGUUUGUGUGCAUGGUGCUGAAGUUCCCGCAGAUCUUCGCACUGAUGCGAGCGAAGUCAUCGGCUGGGGUCAGCCUCAACAGUCUUCUGCUCGAGUUGGUCGGGUUCAUUGUUUUUGUAACGUACCAGAUGUACUAUGACUACCCACCUCCAACAUACCUGGAAUAUCCAAUCCUCAUUGCUCAAGAUGUCAUUCUUCUGCUCCUGAUUCUUCACUACAACGGCAGCCUGCAGCAGAGCCUCAUCUACACCUUGGUGUUUGUCGGUGGCUGGAGGCUCCUCACCGUGGAGAAGUGGAUCAUAGAUUUGGCUAUGAGCCUGUGCACAUUCAUCAGUGCAGCCAGUAAAUUUGCCCAACUGCAAUGCCUAUGGAGAUCCAAGGACGCCGGACAGGUUAGCGCCCUCUCCUGGGGUAUGGCUACCUACACAUGUGUGGCGCGGAUCUACACCACCACAGUGACAACUGGAGACAUGCAGGUCCUGGUGCGGUUCAUCGCCAUGACCUUGCUGAACCUGUGGGUGCUGCUCACCGUGCUCUACUACCAGAAGCGCAGCAGCAGCUCCAAGAAAGAAGACUGAGUUUUAAAGCCGGGUCUCGGGGCUGACUGGGAGGUCACCACACUGAUAGGCUGUUCUUUGAUGAGUUUACAGGGUUACUUUGGACACAGCCAGUACUGAAGGAAACUGAAGGGUAACAACGGUUAUGUCAGAUUCUUUUGUGAUACUCAAACCAUAAAAUGUGAUAUUCAUUUUGUUUUUACCUCAGUAUUAAACCCACACAUUUCUUUUUAUACCAUUCCAGUGACCAGAUAACUGCUAUAACUGUAGUGAAAAAAGAGACCUAUGCUUUUUCAUACUGUACAUGGAAAAAAAAAAGUAGCGUAUUUGAUAGGAUAGCACAAGUAAAGUAUAUCUGAAAUCUUCCUACUCAGGAUAAAAAUACUUUAUUUUGAAUAGCUUUUCUAAGUGUAAAGUUCUUUUCUGAACUAUUUUAAUAAAACGAACAUUUCAGCU